UGCGCGCAUGUGUGCGUGCCAUCUUUGGAAGCGGCGGCUCGCUCGCAGUCGGACAAAAAUCAAGAAGAAGAAAACUCGUUUUUCGGCUGACAUUUUCCAAACGCAGCGGUGAAAACGUUUGCCGCUGAUAAGUUUUCUUGCAUUUAACCGGAAAAAAAAAUCAUUCAAAGUGUUGACCAGGGCGGAUUUGGAGAAGAUGGCUGGUGGAGGAUCCGGAUCGAAGGUGGUCCAGAUCACCAACAUCGCUCCGCAAGCCACCAAGGACCAGAUGCAGAAUCUGUUCGGGCAUCUGGGUAAGAUCGAUGAAAUCCGGCUGUAUCCGACGAUCCGGGACGUGAGCUGUCCGGUGGUGUCUCGGAUCUGCUACGUGAAGUACUUCGAGAGUAGCUGUGUGGCCGUGGCUCAGCACUUGACGAACACCGUGUUUAUCGAUCGGGCUUUGAUUGUGAUUCCGGUGCAGGGUGGAGCGAUUCCGGAUGAGUAUAAGGCACUGGAGAUGGCGGCCAAUGGAACGUUGGUUCCAGGGCUGCAAAAUAUCGAUGGGCCAAUGAAAUUGCCACCGGAAGUGGUUAACCGUAUUGAUGGGAUGGUUCCGAACCAGGUGGUGAAGACGGUGGAUCCGAAGCUGGACGAGAAUAACUUACCGGAGUAUCCCCCAUUGCCGGUUAAUUUCGACGCCAAGAAAAUUGAGGAGACCCGGCGGACGAUUCUGGUGCUAGAUAUCAGGUCCGAGUGGAGGCUGGAAGAUCUGAUGGACCACUUCAAGUCGGCUGGCGAAAUCAAGUAUGCCCGUUUUGCCGAGAACGACAGGUCCCGGUACGCAAUGCUGGAGUUUUGUGAACAGAAAAGUAUUGUCGCAGCGCUGAAGAUGCAAGGCUCCGAAUUCCGAGGUUAUCGUCUUAGUAUUCACCAUUCGACGCAACCGAUCGUGAAACCAGAAGCCAAGAGCAACGAGGCCGCUCAAAAAGAAAUAGAGGAAGCAAUGUCCAUUGUGAAAGAAGCUCACAGCAUGAUUUCGGCUGCUAUUGAUCCGGUUAUUGGAAUGUUGUCCAAAGAUAAAAGCACCAGUCGCUCCCGUAGAUCAAGAUCCCAUUCACGUUCCAAGGAACGUCGCUCUCGUUCUCGAUCACGCAAACGAUCCAAGUCUCGCUCCAAGAGAUCCCGAUCUCGGAAGCGUUCCAGAUCCCGCUCCAAGCGUUCGCAUUCUCGAUCCAAGAGAUCCCAUUCUAAACGUUCUCCAUCCCGUUCCAAACGGUCUCGUUCCCGGUCCAAACGAUCGCGCUCUCGGGACCGACGCAAGCGUUCCCGUUCACGCCAUCGCAGCCGAUCUCGCUCCCGUGAUCGUCGUCGUUCCCGUUCCAGGGAUCGUAAAAGAUCUCGGUCCAGAGAUCGCCGGGACCGUAGUCGAGAUCGCAAGAAGUCUCACCGGAGCAAGGACGAACGACGUCGUAGAUCCCGGUCUCGUUCUCGUAGCCGAAAACGUUCGACAUCUCGGGGCCGCACAAGUCGAUCCAAGGAAAGUUCCAGCCGAUCAAGCAAACGGCGCAGCAGCCGUUCGCCGGACAAGCGGCUCAAAAAGAUCCUGGAGGAAACCGUUAGCCGUGAUUACGAUGCCGAGGAACGUCUAGGAGCAGGAAGCGGAACGGGCGAAGGGGAGGAAGGCGGAAGCACCAAGAACUCAUCCCCGGUGGCACCUCCGUUGCCGCGGGAGAAAACGGCCAGCCCGACGACGGAAAAAUCGGACAACAUGGACAUUUCCAAUUCGCCGUAAAAAAAGGUAAAACACUGACAGAUUUUUUGAAAACUCAAACAAAAUCUUUUCAAAAACCAUUACAAACUCCCCUCAUAGUAGUGAGCUCGCACUCCCACUGGCGUAAAUUUGUGACUUUUUUCUCUUAAAUGAUUCAAAUAAGUAAUCCCAUUGUAAUUGUAACGAAUUGUAUUGGAAUGAAAGUAGAUAUUGGUAUGUCUACCAA